GCAGGCGGGCGACCCCGCCGCCCCGGCGGAGAGCGGCACGUCGGAGGCGUUUGCCCACCUGUGGGACGACAUGAUGGGCAUCUUGGAUGGGUCACUGGGAAACAUUGAUGACCUGGCACAGCAGUAUGCAGACUACUAUAACACUUGCUUCACAGAUGUGUGUGAGAGGAUGGAAGAGCUGCGCAAACGAAGGGUUUCUCAAGACCUUGAUUUGGAGAAACCUGAUGCCAGCCCCACAUCUCUACAGCUGCGAUCCCAGAUUGAGGAGUCACUUGGUCUCAGCAGCACAGCAUCAACACCCGACAGCGAAAGAAAGCUCUCCAUUCAUAAAUCAAGUUCAGAAGAAGGCUCUGUAGGUCAGUAUAUGUAA